AUGCCUUCCGAGGAUGGCAGCGUUGCACCGCCGAGAAAAGUCCGCUCGGCAUGCCGCCGAUGUCGCCAGAAACGAGCCAAGUGCGAUGGUGGAAUUCCUGCUUGCAGUAACUGUGCUCGGGCAAGAGUUCCAUGUAUCGAUGUUCAUACCGGCAAUAAUGACUUGUCCAUUCCUAGAGAUUUUGCUGUGAGAUGCUGUGCUCGCAUCAAAUGGCUUGAACAAAACAUAGGCACUCUUUGCCCUGACUUUGACUUGUUGCAAGGACCCCAGGUGAAUGCUGAUUUUGUCGAAAGGCUCAAUACGUCUUCAGAUGGCCCGAGUGUCGCCCCCAGGGCCUCUGCUACUCAAAGAGACACCUCAGAGCCUAGUAUUCAGGAGUCGUUGGAGGAGCCAGUCACGAAUAAGCGCUCUUACUCGGCCAUGGAUUCAGAUGCCGACUCUCCGCUUUCCGCCAAGGCACGAUCCGUAGCGAUCGACCUCGGCAUGCUUUCACUGCAAUCCGAUUCGCGUCAGAAACAUUACUUGGGAUCCUCUUCAGGAUUGCUUUUUGCUAAAUUGAUGGGCUUAGAUAAUGAGCAGCAAUCAGAGCAGACCGCAAUUCAAGCACGUCGAUUGACCCCGCGGCGCAUAUCUGACGAGAUCUAUGAGUCUCUCUAUACCAAACUGAGAAAGGAACUGCCAUCCCCGGAAGAAGCGUGUCUUCUACUUGAGGUUUAUUUCGAAAACAUCCAUAUAGAUCAUCCAUUUCUCCACCCUGCAUCAUUGAUCAACGCGUAUCAUGCAUUAUAUGUGUGUGCUCAAGCAGGGUACAAUGGAUCUGUGGAUCAAAAUGGUUGGAUUGAUGCUGUUCAACCAUUCGGCUACAACGGUAAAAUUGAUACCGUCGCUGGCCGAGAAAGCACCCCAAUUUCUUUUCCCACGGCUGUAUUCCAUAUUUUUGGGGUAUUCUCAUUAUCUGCAACCGUUUUGACACGGAAGAAGAAUUACGACCAUUCCCCAGCUCGCUUUCAGCGUAUGGCGAUGUGUACGGCAUCGGAGAUUUUCUCCGGAAUUUCUGUUCCGUCUCUGCAGGCUGUCUUAUUGCUGGCUGUCCAGAGCCUUAUUGAACCAGCUGGCAUGAAUAUCUGGACGUUGAUAUAUAUUGCCAUGUCUCACUGUAUAGACCUCGGAUUACAAAGAGAACCGAGUGACUCCAGUAUCCCAAGCUGUGCAAGAACUAUGUUGAGAUUCAUCUUCUACACCGUGUAUUCCAUGGAUCGGUCGAUAGCCACUAUUCAAGGUCGCCCACUUGGAAUCAGAGACGAAGCAUUGGAUAUUCGACCCCCGGACGAAGCAGAUAUUGCAGAAAUGAUGAAGAUGACAGAGGGCGAUUUGAUCAUCAAGCUACCAUCAUCAAGACUUCUGGAGCUCUCAAUUUCAAGGUUUCGAUUAGAACAACACAUCUCAGAGAUUAAGCUCCUUCUAUACCACUUACCGACCCGCACACAUAGUUUUGUCUGGCCAACAAAUCUCUCCGAAAUAAAAGCAAGAAUCAAGUCCGAUCUUGAUGACUGGCUCCAAGGGGUCCAACGGAUUGUCCCAUUGAACAAUAUGGAUGCAGAAGAAAAUACCAUAUUUCAAUUUCAGAAAUUGAAACAUGAACAGCUAUAUCAUUCAGCAGUCUGCCUGCUUUUCCAACCAUCGCAAUCAUUCCCGAGCCCAAAUCAAGAGGCAUUGAGAUUAUGCUACGAGAGCUGCAGCACACGCUUGCAGAUCUAUGACGCGCUUAGUAAACGAGAAAUGCUCUAUUAUAACUGGCGCAACAUCCACGGAAUAUUCUCAUCGGGAGCAACCAUCGUCUACUGUGCCUGUGCAUCCCGAGACUUACAACGCGCCAUACCCUUUGCAAGGCUACUUCGUGAUCUGCGCACUUGUUCCAAUCACCUCAGCAUCGGAAGCCAAUGGUGGCCUUCCGUGCGCAGCGGUAAGGAGAGCUUCGAGAUGAUGAUUGACUUGGUCAUCAAACAUUUCAAUGGCCUGCAGCUUCAAAUCCACGACCCUGGUACCUCAUCCGAGAGACAAAGAGGACCUAAUAUCUCACAGGCUGGAGCCUCACAACCACCUCCGUCCUACACUAGUGUGUAUACCGUGGGCAAAGAUCAGACGGAACGGGGAAUUGCCUACAGUGACCAGGGACACCCUCAAACCGAUCAGUUUGAUUCGGUCAACCAGGAACCGUCAUUUGGGAUAAUGAAUAAUGCCCAGCAAUCACUCGACAACAUUGAUCUUCCCCUGUCUGUGGACCCCUUGCAAGACUAUGAUCCCCCAACAAUUGAAGCUGCGAUGGAAAAUUUCAUGGCGGACUAUUUACAUGAAGAUUGGGGCUGGGAUCCAUUCUCAAACUCCGCUGGACCUUUCGAUUUUCAAGGGAAUGGAUUUCUUUAG